AGAACUCAUCAGGUGUGUCGCUGCUCGGCUUGUGACGUCCCGACCACGUGUUUGCAUAAACCCGUCAAACAUGAUAACGAACCACUACACUUGGGCUAUUGUCCUUCUAUCUGUCGCCGGUUCUUUUGCGGCUAUAGAAAACUACAUGGAUUAUGGCAACGACGGUGCGAACGGACUCGAGAGCGGCAACAACAACAAGCCAGUCAAUUUUCGCGAGCUCUACAAAUUUCUGGUCCAGCACAAUCCCAACGAAAUAAACUGGAACGACUUGAUGUACAUGCAGCAGCAGGAACAUUUGCAGCCGCGCGCCGGACUCGAGCAGCGCUCGCCAUCGCUGCGCCUACGCUUCGGAAGGUCUUACUCGAAGUAUCCGGUGAGGCGUUCACCCUCGCUGCGCUUACGUUUUGGCCGCUCCUACUAUCCACCAUCCAGCCCGGUCGGACAGGGCGACGACAGCACGUCUGCAGCAGCGUCGGCGGCAGCACUCGAAGCAAACUAAUAUAAGUAAAUCUCUUAUAAUCAGUGACUAAAUUUAUAUAUGUAUAUUGUAUAUAUACGCACCACUGUAUGGUCGUAUGUUAGUUUUUUUUCAGUCGAAAAACAAAAAAAAAGCAGUAGAUAUACCUUUGUUGGGUUUUGUACAAAGCGUAUACGUUACAGUAUUUUAAUCGUAAUUAAUUUAUUAGUAACACGUGUUGAACUAUUUUUUUAUUUUUUGAGAUUUUUUUAAGUAAAAAAAAAAAUCCUACGUUCGUGGUGGUACAUUUAGUGAUUUCCAAUGCAUCAGAACUGAUCGAUCACACAUGAGGUGUCAUUAGAAAAUAAAAAUAGUAUUAUUCGUUUAGGUAGGCUUUUAUUUUGAAUUUCAUUCCAAUGAAUAUAAGCUUGAUAUGGCUAAAAGUAAUUAUAUGAAUGGCCUAAGUGAGGAGAAUCAUUCUAAUCGAAGCAGUAUGAUAUUUUUGACGUUUAUUAUUAAAAGGCGAAAAUAAUUGCAAAGGAGAGAAACGAACUGAGUAGUGUCAUUUUUAUAAUAAAGCUGUUCCUCCAUAUUACAUGUAAUUUAUAUAUUAAAUAUAUAGUUAAGAAGUUAUUCAAGAAUAUUCGUUAAACUAUAAAAUCAUAAUAUAUGUAUUAUGCGUAAUUGUGAAAAAUUUAACGAUCAAUUCAAUUGUUAAAAAUUUAUAGCAGAAAAACAAAAUACUACAAACAGUGACCAAAAAAAUCAUAACUCAUGCGAUGCGUCAAGUGAUACUCAUUUCAUUGGUCAAACGCAUAUUGCAAAAAUUCCAAAUCUCUAUUAUUGUACGUGUACUCUCAGCUAGAGAUCUGUUAUAUAUUUAUCAUACUUGCUCUUACUCAUACCCGGUAUGUGUAUGUUUAAAUUAAAAAUCUAUACUAAUCUAAAAUAAAAAUACGGAAGGCUCAAGUGAAAAAAGUAUACGAAGGUAUGUUAAAACUUGCAACGUGAAGGUUCAUAUUAAAUAAUAUUAUAUUGCCUUUUAUGAUUGCACAUUUAUCCUCGCUUUGUUGUUUCGUAUAAGUAGAACAAAAAAAUUAACCAAAAAAGAAAAAAAAGGACAACGAUGGAUACAUUUUAUCAGUAAAAAUUAUAUUUUGUCGAACAUUACCGUUGAGUCAAGGAACGACUGGACAUUUUUUUGUUAAAUCGAAAAAUUUAUAAGAUCGAUAUAAAUUCGACCUAGACGAAUCAAUUAAUGUUACGUAGAUGUAUUCUGGUGCCUUUAAGUAUUCAUUUAUAGCGAAUUUGAUUUCAUUCCAAAGAUUGUUGAAAAAUGAUUUAAUUAAUUAAUGCCACGAUAAAUUUUAUUAUUUGUGAUUUUUAUGAUUUUAAAAUUGUACGAUCGCCUGGUUUGCGUUCUUAUUAAGUUUUUAUUAUGUCACUUAUAGGAGAAAAUUCACAUUCAUAAUUUGUAAGUGAUAUUGAGAAAGUAAAGAAGUAUUAUGAAUUUUAAGGAAUAUUUCUUACUUCUCUUGUUUCAUCCAGUAAAAUAGAAAUAUUAAUAAAAUAAAUAAUAA